GAGACCAAUCCGCCCGACCACCACCACCACCACCACCACCACCCCGAGCGGAGAGGCGCCGCCGCGCCGACUCGCUCCGCCCGCCGGCCGGCGAACAUGUCCCUGGCGGCCACCUUCGUGUUCCUCCUCGUCUCCGCGCUGCAGAUGCUCGACCGCGCCCUCGAUCUCGCCAAGAAGAGGGGAUCGAUUACUGAUCAACAGCUCAAACUACGGCUGGAAAUCACGCAGAUUCUCAAGGAGGCCAGUGCGCUGUCGACGCCCUCAACAUUUGCGCAAGCCGCAAAACUCAAGCGGCUAGCUGCUGCUAAAGAAAAAGAAUUGGCAAAAUUACAAGAGCAGGAUAUCAAAGGGAAGCAAUCUUUAUACAACCAAUAUGGACGAGUUCUGUUGUUUACCAAGGUUCUAAUUUAUGGAUUGCUAAUUCUGUGGUUUUGGAGUGUUCCUGUAACUACUGUUCCCAAACACCUUCUACAGCCUUUCGGACGGAUGUUUUCCUGGAGGGGUGUUGAUGCUGCUACGGGCCAUGUUAUGGUUGGAAUUCUCCCGUGGCUAUUUUUGACCUCUCGUGUCAGCAAGUUAUUGUGCCAAAAACUUGCCCCUAUAUUUCUGCAUCCAUGAACUCAAUUUGCUAUCUGAGAUUUUAUGUUUUGUUCUUGCAGUUUUAUAUUGUAAACUUUCUCCCUGACAGUAAUUAUGCAACAUCAUGAUAUGCUGUCACUUUCUGUAAAAUUUUGUUGUGCUUAUCUGCAUCCACAGCUCCUUCUGAUAGUUUUUUUUUUCGUGUUUUUAUUUCACAAAUUGGCACACACUGCAGGCAUGCAUGUUCGGCACAUUGUCACUUCCUAUUCGUAAGAAGUGAGUAUGCACUGGCUGAUAUAUCUCGACGGGGUCUGCUGUAAUUGUAGUAGAUAUACUACUUUUGUUUGACAUGUUUACCGUUUAGUCUUAAAAGCUCAAGUAGUGGAGUGAAUUUUUUACCCUGGUUCAGUGGGAACUCGAACAUGAGAAAUGUUCUAAACUCCUUUAGAGCAAGCAUAAUACUACCUCUGUCUGUGAUGUUUAACGCC